AUGGCUCGACGUUAUGAUACCAGAACUACUAUAUUUUCUCCUGAGGGUAGAUUGUAUCAGGUGGAAUAUGCUAUGGAAGCCAUUAGUCAUGCAGGAACUUGUUUAGGUAUUUUAGCUAAGGAUGGUAUAUUACUGGCUGCAGAAAAAAGGAAUAUUAAUAAAUUACUUGAUGAAGUAGUUUUCUCUGAAAAAAUUUAUCAGUUGAAUGAAAAUAUGGUUUGUAGUGUGGCUGGAAUCACAUCAGAUGCUAAUGUUUUAACUGGAGAAUUGAGAAUGAUAGCCCAGAGAUAUCUGCUGCAGUAUGGAGAAUCAAUCCCAUGUGAACAGUUGGUAUCUUGGCUUUGUGACGUAAAACAGGCCUACACACAAUAUGGUGGAAAAAGACCUUUUGGUGUUUCUAUACUGUACAUGGGAUGGGACAAGUAUUAUGGUUAUCAAUUAUAUCAAUCAGAUCCUAGUGGUAACUAUGGAGGUUGGAAAGCUACCUGCAUAGGAAAUAACAGUGCUGCUGCAGUAUCAAAUUUAAAACAAGAAUAUAAAGAAAAUGAAACUACUCUAAAGGAUGCUCAAGCCCUUGCAAUUAAAGUAUUAAGUAAAACUUUAGACAUGGCAAAACUAACUCCUGAAAAAGUAGAAAUGGCGACAUUAGUGCACAAUGAAUCUUCUAAAAAGACAGAAAUAAGAAUUUUACCUGCAAAAGAAGUAGAAGCUUUAAUAAGUGCUUAUGAAAAAGAGCAGGCCGAAGAAGAAGCUAAGAAAAAAGCUGCACAAGCAGCAGCACAAAGUGGGCAUCUUUAUUUAUUCCUUGCAAACGGACAAAAAUUCAUUUUUUCUGUUGAAAAAUAUUUUAAACCCUCACAAAAUAUGAAUUUCCGUUUAGGAUGA